GCAUGCAGUUGCGCUCUUCCUCUUCCCCGGCAACAAUUUCGUGAUUUCGCACGCGAGAGAUUCAUAAAUUCCUUUAAAAAUGGUUGGAAUAACACCCGCAGAGAAGAAAACACUGAUAACGCGCAACCUGCAGGAGACGCUCGGCGAUGACAAGCUGACUAAGAUUCUAGCAGAGCGGGAUCUUAAGAUCUACUGGGGAACGGCAACGACUGGCAAGCCACAUGUCGCUUAUUUCGUGCCCAUGUCGAAGAUUGCCGAUUUCCUAAAGGCAGGAUGCGAAGUCACAAUCCUGUUCGCCGAUCUCCAUGCCUAUCUGGACAACAUGAAAGCACCCUGGUCUCUGCUGGAACUACGCACCCAAUACUACGAACAGGUCAUUAAGGCCAUGCUAAGUUCCAUUGGAGUUCCACUGGAGAAGUUGAAGUUCGUGAAGGGCAGUGACUAUCAGUUGUCUAAGGAGUACACCCUGGAUGUCUACAAACUCAGCUCCGUGGUGACGCAGCAUGAUGCCAAGAAGGCUGGUGCCGAGGUGGUAAAGCAAGUGGAGUACCCGCUGCUCUCCGGCUUGCUCUAUCCCGGACUGCAGGCUCUGGACGAGGAGUACCUCAAGGUGGACGCCCAGUUCGGUGGUGUUGAUCAACGCAAGAUCUUCACCUUCUCGGAAAAGUACCUUCCACAGUUGGGCUACGAGAAGCGAAUUCACUUCAUGAAUCCUAUGGUCCCCGGUUUGGCUGGUGGCAAGAUGUCCUCUUCGGAGGAAGAUUCCAAGAUCGAUCUUUUGGACUCCCCAGCCAACGUCAAGAAGAAGCUAAAGAAGGCCUUCUGCGAGCCUGGAAACAUUGCCGACAAUGGUCUGUUGUCCUUUGUUAAGCAUGUCCUAUUCUCACUCUUCAAGGAGGGCGAAGGGUUCGAAGUCAACCGGGAGGCAGAGCACGGUGGCGAUGUUACCUUCCUGAAGUACGAGGAUCUGGAGAAGUACUAUGCUGAAGACAAACUCCAUCCAGGUGAUCUGAAGGCCACCGUGGAGAAGUACAUCAAUCGACUGCUAGAUCCUAUUCGCAAGACCUUUGAAAAGCCAGAACUGCAAAAACUGAGUGCUGCUGCUUAUCCUCCACCUGCCAAGGUCAAGGCUGGAGCUGCUCCGGCUGCUGGAGGUGACGAAGAUGCGCCACAUCGUCUAGAUAUCCGCGUGGGCAAGGUCGUGGAAGUUGCCCGUCAUCCAGAUGCCGAUACUCUUUACGUGCUGAAAAUUGACUUGGCUGAGGAGCAGCCCAGAACGAUUAUUAGUGGCCUCGUAAAGUUUGUCACCCAGGAGGAGUUGGAUCAGCGACUGGUCGCCGUUCUGUGCAACUUGAAGCCCUCCAAGAUGCGUGGCAUUUUAUCCGAGGGAAUGGUUCUGUGCACCUCCAAUGCUGAUCAUACGGUGGUGGAGCCUAUUGUGCUGCCUGCAACUGCUACUCCUGGCAGUCGGCUCUCCUUUGAGGGAUUCAGUGGAACGCCCGACGAGCAGCUCAAUCCCAAGAAGAAGGUGUGGGAAAAGCUAUCCGCUGACUUCAAGACCAAUAGCGAUGGAUUGGCCGUGUGGAAAGACAACUUCCUGCUGACACCCGAGGGCGAGAAGCUGUCCAGCAAGCUAGCUAACUGCGCGAUUAAAUAGAUCUUUGAUUGCCAGCUUACCUGAGCCGUGUAAUACUUACAACUAAGCCGAAUGUUCACAAACAAGAAAUUGCUGCUAAUUUAUUAAUUCCUUUUUGUAAAGAAAAUGCAUUUUAUUAAAUAAAGAGCUUCGAAAUAAA